GAGGAGGAUGCCGCAAGAGAUUCACUCAGUUGUACGUGCUACCCAAGCCUGGCUUCGUUCCACUUGGCAUGUCCAGGUGCCCUUUGCCUGGCUCCAAGCCUGUGUCGAGUGGCUUCAAGCAGAGGCUGGAGGAGCAGAUCAUCUGGCCCAGCAGCAGAUCAGUCAACAGGUUCUGGAUCAGUGGCUUCUCACGGAUCUGAGAGAUCUGGACUACCCAGUUCUUCCUGAAGGGCUUGCUCAGGCCCAGAAGACAAUACUCAGUGGUACCUUUUGUGUCCAGGUUGACUCAUUGUUGGACAUCAGUCAGCCUGCAAAUGGACAGCUGCAGAAGUGGAGGGGCACAGACUGCAGCAAUGACGAGGUUUCUGCUGUCACACAGACGACUCAGAGGCCCUGGGAGGCCAGAUCUGCACGUAUGCUGCUACUGCAGAUAACAGAUGGGGUUCAGAGUUUGGAGGCCAUGGAGUAUCAAUCCAUCCCUGCGCUCAGUGCAACACUCAGACCUGGUGCAAAGCUGCAGCUGCAAGGACAGAUGGUUUGCAGACUUGGUGUGCUGCUGUUGGGUCCAGUGAAUGUCAAGAUUCUAGGUGGUGAGGUGGAAGACUUGGUCGAAAGAAAUAAUCAGGGCAGGAUUCUCUGUCGGACCCUGGGUCUUCCUGAAGAGGAGGCCCGAACGCCACAACAAGGCAACCAGGAAUUGGAGAACCUGGAGGUAGGUGACGAAGAGCUGAUGGCCAGUCUGGAGGAUCUAGGCGAGGUCGAAAUGCUUCAGGUUGGACCGACUCGGGACAGCGGCUAUGAGAGCCUGCAGGAGCCCUCAACUCAGGCUUCGAGAAGCUUAUUUGGUAGCAACAUUGUCUCGUUCAGAAGUGAAGCUUCCACCUCCUCACACAGAAGUGGUUUGACUCAAAGUAACAGAGUUGGUUCAGUCGAAGUUCAUCCCAGUGGUGGCAGACAACAAGACUCUAAACCUGUUGAGUUUAUCCAUUCUGAUCCAGUUCAUCAAAACAGACAAGAGGACAACCUGUUAGGGGACGAAUUUACCGAUGGAGACUUUGAUGAUCUUCCCCUGGAUGAGUUAGACAGCAUUAUUUUACAGGAAAGUAUUAGCACACACUCUGAUAGCAAAGAUACAACAAGAAAUUCCAGCUUUACGAAAGAAACAAUAAAACCUCAGACUGCUCAGUUUGAACCACGUUCUUUAAGCUAUUCAAGGACAUUCAAAGGAUCUGGCCACUCCAGAUCAACCACAGAAAAAACUGACCCUCAAGGCCCCAUCAGCGAAGCAUCUGGCCUGUCAAAAUCAGCAACGUCAAAGCCUUUUCUUUCCUCAACAGCUUCUGAGCCAUCCCAUAAAUUACAGUUUGUUAGUAAUGAGGAGAAUGAUUUUGUGGAUGAGAGCAUGGACCUCUAUUUUCAGGAGGUUGAGGACAGUGCAGCACUGCCUGGGAGGAUUGGAGGAACAAGUCUGUUCCCUCCUAAAGAACAAUCUAACAGUACAGACGUCUCUCGUUUGGUCAGCAAAUUAACUAAAACCAACACACCUCAAAGAAAAACUGACGAUGUAAUGAGCGCAGAGCAUAGCGGAGUAUCUUCACAGAGCGACAGCAACACCCUGGCAGUCACUCUGACCUCUGCACCCUUUACGUACUUGCGCUUGCUAGAAGAGCUGAUGGUUAAACCCCAACCCCACACCAUUGAAAUUCAGGUCAAGGCUUUCAUUGUGACUCUCCUGGGGAAACUGAGCAGCAGUAAUGGCGUUUGGAGUGUCUGCGCUACAAUAUCUGAUGGAACUGGUUACCUGGAUGUGGAGUUAUCCAACGAGGUUUUGACUCGCCUGCUGGGGUUCUCUGUUUCAGAGAAGGCGGCUCUGAAGCGCGACUCAGCCCGCAGAGGUGAGCUGGACUCUGGGAUGAGGAGGUGUCAGGAAGAGUUGGUGGACAUGUGCUGCAUCAUGACGAUUUUUGUGAAGCCAGAUAAACGGGGAGCUGUAGUGGCUAAGGCUGAACCUGUCAGUGAGAGAGUGUUCCAGGAGCUGGAGCAGAGGGUGAAAGAUGGGAGGAAAUGAACCCAAAUUGGAAA